AUGGACUACCGAUCCAGCAAUGCAGGGCCUGCGAAGAAAUUAAACUGGUUGGAUCUUCCGGAUGACCUGACUUUGAUGAUCAUUGGAAAACUUAUGACAUUUGAGAUCUUAACCAGUACUCAGUUCGUGUGCCCCAAAUGGCGACGCAUCUGCAUGGAUCCGCUCUUGUGGUGCACCAUCAACAUGUGCGAUAUUGGGAUUCAUAAUUCGGUGGACUAUAACUUGGAGAAGUUGUGCCGCCAUGCAAUUGAUCGUAGUUGUGGCCACUUGAUAGACAUCAGUAUUGAGUAUUUUGGUACCAAUAAUCUCCUCAAAUAUAUAAUUGACUCGUAA